GCAGCACACUCGGACCCUUGCUGGGUGGCGGCCGCGUCUCUGCCUUAAGUCGCCUUUCGCCCACCGUUCUCUCCUCCCUCCGGAGAGACGGGAACAAGAGGCGCUCCGUACCAGAUCGCCGUCGCCUGUCCUGAGCCAUGUACAGAAGCGCGGCCUCUCGACUCAGGGCUCUGAAGAGCCAUACUAGUGGUCCAGGAUCUUUUGGCACACCUGCAGCUAGAUAUGCUACUACCAGCAUAGCAAAUAAGUCCUCAUCUGGGGGACUUUUUAGUUGGCUUACUGGGGAACGGUCCAAUUCUCUUCCUCCUCUUGAUGUCCCUCUUGCUGGUGUUACGCUUCCCCCUCCUUUGCCAGAUUAUGUAGAACCAGGAAAGACAAAGAUAACCACUCUUGCAAAUGGUGUUAAAAUUGCCUCCGAGACAUCCACGAAUCCUGCAGCCUCCAUUGGUUUAUAUGUUGACUGUGGUUCUGUCUAUGAAACACCUGUUUCAUUUGGGGCUUCACACCUACUAGAGAGGAUGGCUUUCAAAAGCACGACCAACCGCAGCCACCUACGUACUGUUCGAGAGGUUGAGGCUAUAGGUGGCAGUGUUAUGGCUUCAGCUUCACGAGAGCAGAUGGCAUAUUGUUAUGAUGCUUUGAAAACAUAUGUGCCUGAGAUGGUGGAAUUGCUAAUUGAUAGUGUCAGAAAUCCUGUGUUCCUUGACUGGGAGGUUAAUGAACAGUUGCAGAAGGUUAAGGCAGAGAUUGCAGAAAUCUCUAAGAAUCCACAGGGUUUGCUGUUGGAGGCAAUUCACUCAGCUGGCUAUUCUGGUGCUUUGGCAAACCCUCUGUUGGCACCUGAGUCUGCAAUAAACAGCUUGGACAGUUCGAUCUUAGAAGAAUUUGUUUCUAAAAAUUAUACUGCUCCACGGAUGGUGUUGGCAGCAUCUGGUGUGGAGCACCAGGAGUUGCUUGCAGUUGCAGAACCUCUUUUGUCAGACUUGCCAAAUGUUCCUCCACCUGAGGCUCCAAAGUCGGUGUAUGUUGGAGGUGAUUUUCGUUGCCAGGCAGAUUCUGCGAACACCCAUGUUGCUCUUGCUUUUGAAGUUCCUGGUGGCUGGCAUAAGGAGAAGGAUGCCAUCACACUAACAGUGCUCCAGAUGCUUAUGGGAGGUGGUGGUUCUUUCUCUGCUGGAGGUCCUGGGAAGGGGAUGUACUCUCGUCUUUAUCUACGGAUCUUGAAUGAGUUCCAGCAAAUUCAGUCAUUUUCUGCAUUCAACAGCAUUUACAAUCACACUGGUAUUUUUGGUAUUCAUGCAACCACGACUUCGGACUUUGUAUCGAAGGCCGUUGAUUUAGCUGCAAGAGAGCUGUUAUCAAUAGCAACCCCUGGAGAAGUUGAUCAGAAGCAGCUUGAUCGGGCCAAAACUUCCACAAAGUCUGCAGUUUUGAUGAACCUCGAAUCAAGGGUGGUGGCUGCUGAAGAUAUAGGUCGUCAGAUCUUGACUUAUGGGGAAAGGAAACCUGUAGGGCAUUUCCUGGAGACUGUUGAUGCAGUAACUCUCAAAGAUAUAUCCACACUUGCUGAGAAAAUCAUCUCGUCUCCCUUGACAAUGGCUUCAUGGGGAGAUGUCAUCAACGUCCCUAAAUAUGACUCAGUAAGCAGCAAAUUCCGGGCUUAGUAAAAUGUAGGACUUGAUUUUGGUGGUAAUGCAACUUCUGGAGGCCUGUAAUUCUAUUUCCUUUGUCCUCGGCAUCUACUGCUGGUAAAAUAAGUUACGGUACGUUAUGAAAGCAUGUAAGUCCCUUUUUGGAUCAAUAAAUUGGUGAUCCAUCAUUUUUUUCUUUAAAAUUUGUAACCCUCGCGGAAGUGACUGCACUUGCACUGCAUUUUUGUGCAACUAUUUGGUUCCUUAUUCAGAUUCAUAUGAACCAUGUGGUUUCUGAGUUUGAAUACUGAUAUUUUGUCAUCUUGAUCUUGGAGAAGAAACCCAAGUGUUCAACUUGUCUCUUUUAUUCA